AAAUUCAAUCUGUUGGAAUCAUUUUGCCAAUUUACGUUUGUCGAAUUGCAGGUAGGGCAAGUGAAGAGAGCGAGCCUAAGCGAUCGGCUGCUCAGUACCAAAGUCAAAGUACUGGCAAAAAUUAUCCUAUCGGUAUUCAUAGCGCCGGCGAUUCUAUACGGUCUGUUUUUCCUGUUUCUCCGCUACCAAUCGCAGCUGACUCGAGUCGAGAUCAAGCAAGUCAGCGUGAAGGAGAAACGGCCCGUUUACUGGCUUUACAACGCCAAAGAGCCGCGGAGUACGGGCCACUUGAAGCACGUUAUCCGCGUGCUCGAGCGUCUGGGAUUCGAGCGAGGCAGCAACGAGUCCGAUUGGGAUCUUUUGUGGGCCCACGACUAUCCGUUUAAAAAUCUCUACUCGCAGCUGUAUCAGCCGAAACCUCACCAGCUGAUCAACCAUUUUCCCGGUUGCGGCUAUAUAACGAACAAAGUCGACCUGUCCACGAGCGAAGGAGAUUUCCUUCCCAAAUCCUUUAAAAUACCCGAGGACAAAGACAAGCUGCUGGAAUUCGUGGAGAAAAAUCCGGAAAAGACGUUCGUUCAAAAAUCCAAUGCUCAUCGUGGCAUCAAGAUCCAGCGAGUUCAAGAAUUGAAUCUUACUGCGGUGGGCUCCUUCGUCCAGGAGUUCAUCGAACGGCCCUAUCUAGUCGACGGCUUCAAAUUCGACAUCGGUAUCUACACGGUCGUAACGUCGAUCGAUCCGCUACGAGUCUACGCUUACAAAGGCGACGUCCUCUUCCGUUUUUGUCCCGUCGAGUAUUACCCCUUCGAUCCGGAAAACAUCGACAAGUACGUCGUUGGCGACGAUUACCUACCGAUAUGGAACGUACCUUCGCUCAAGAAUUCUUACACCAAGCUGGGCCUGUCGAUGAAGGAGUCCUUCGACACUUACGUCAGAUCCACUGGCAAGGAUCCCCAACGGAUGUGGGACGCUUGCUUCGAUGCCAUUAAAAAUGUCCUACUCCAAAAGGAGGCCCAAAUACGCGACGUCGUCGAAAAGAGAUUCCGAGGCACUCGUCGCAACUUCUUCGAACUCGUCAGAUUCGACUUCACCGUUGACGAAAACCUCGAUGUUUUCAUGAUGGAAGCGAAUAUGUCGCCCAAUCUAUCCUCGGCUCAUUACCCACCCAACCAAUUGCUUUACGAGCAGGUAUUGUACAACCUGUUCUCCUUGAUUGGGCUCGCUCAGAGGACCAGGAAGGACUCGCUCAAACCAGGGAGCAAAGAAGAGCGAGAUAUGGUUGUUGCGGAUAAAAAUCUCGUUGUUUUACCCGAAGUAUGCUCAGAGUGCGAGGAUUGCUUCAAAGUAGAAUGCCAACUGUGUCGAUUUUGUUUCACCGACGAUACGAGGCGCAUUUUGACACAAACCUAUUGGGAGCAUCAAAACAAAAUGGACUAUUUAAGACUUUUUCCUCCAGUUAUCAAAAAAAACAUGGUGCUUAAAGACUAUUCUCUGAGAAAUCAACUUUUAGUUCGAUGGUUCCAGGGCAAAUGUGAGCUCGAUCCAACGUGGUGCAAUUAGCAAUGCAUUCAGUUUCAACGGAUAU